AUUAAUUUUCCUUUGCCUCAGUUAAAUGUGCGAUCAUUUUCUUAUAAAAAUAAUGCUCUUUGUUUGCUAAUAGUCAAUGGAAAUGGCUCGUUUGAGCAAGUCUUUAGGUGUAUUUGAUCGUUGAGCUCAAGAGGAAAGGUAUUAGUGGAUUCAAAAGCCCUCAAGGGUCAUGUUCCCGUUUUCURUUUGACAUUUUUAAAGUGGACAAAUGAAYGCACUAAAAKGAAAGGWCUUCAAUCAAAGAGCUGUGUACAUAUCGUAAGAUGUACAUGCAAGAUCAGAUCAGAACCAACAUAUGGAACCAAUUCCCUGAUKUUCCGGCAAUGAAACUGUCCGAUAUAGACAUUUAAGGCCGUGAUGGCGGCAUUGCCUUUGUUAACCAACACCCAAUCACUGACAUGAGAAGUCUGAGAAAGGCUAAGCAUCAAUGGGACCACAAAGACUUUUCCAGCCUCUCCCGUCCUGCGUAUUUGCAGCAAUAAAGACAGCAAGGCAAAAUCUAAAGUGUGUCUUUGAUGUGGUUCAAGCGUCAACUUUAGAGUUGCUUUAUAUUGAUAGAAUAAAGAAAUAAUGAGUGAUAAUCGUCAUUAUGAUCAUGCCGCUAUGAUCUGUACAGGCUGCGGCAAAGACCCGAAGAAAGAGCGAUAUGCCAUCUUGUAAACAAUAAGAGAAUGAUGCCUAUAGGACAGCUGUGAACGCGCGCUAGGUCUUCUCAACUUCGGCAUUGUUUCUUUUGUGAAUUAGCAAUGUACGAGGUUUGUCCAUAGCGAAUAAUAGUCAUCCAGCGGGCACUUGGAGAAACGCUGUUUCCGUAAUAAGAUUGACAGAGCGGCUCGUCUGUGCGGAGUAUCAAUUUCAGAUCAAAUUUGCUCGUUUCACAGCGCGAUGAGUAAACCAUGAUGGCUUGGAAAGAACUCGUGAGGACUUGAGCUUUUGAACUAAAAAUACCAUUUGAUAAUUGUGUGUGACCGUCGCGUGGAGAUGAUGUAUUCGACUAGUUAUCCGUACAACGGCACCAUAUUUCAGCCACCACCGUCAAGGGCAACAACACAAAUCUACAGUCCGUGUUCCUACCCGUCAAGGUUCCCUUCUAGUCCAUCCAACUCCUCUUUCCCUUACACAGGACCAACCAGCAACGACUAUCCACCGCCAUUAUCACAUCCGAACGACCCAACGCGUGGCUUCUACUCCACACCACACAGGGAAGAUAUCUCGUACUUCAGAAGUGAACAAGGWGCCCCUCAUAACCAAGAAUUUCUUCCCAAUCAACCAAAUCAACAGUGUCGCUUUUCAAAUAACACUUACGAGGCUUACAACGAAAGUUGCGAUGAAGGUUCCAAAUCUCCACCUGAUGAAUGUGAAAUGUUUGGGAAAACAGGCAAGAAACGCAAAGAAAGAACAGCUUUUUCCAAACAUCAACUUCAAGAACUUGAAACCGAAUUCAUAAGAAACAACUAUUUAACUCGGCUUCGUCGAUAUGAAAUCGCCAUUAGUUUAGACCUAACAGAAAGGCAGGUCAAAGUGUGGUUUCAGAAUCGUAGAAUGAAGUGGAAGCGAGUUAAGGGUGGAAAGCGGCCAGAAAAAGGAAACUCAAAUUUGAGUGAAGAAACGGCUGAAGAAGCAGGAGAAUAACUAUCAACACACACAACCCAUUCAUUCUAAUAUGUUGCUGUACAAAAUCUAUAUAAAUGUUAUAUUUCAUUUCAUUAUUUGCGUCAAAAUCUUGACAAAAAACUUCUGUCCGAUUUGUCAACUCUUGAGCUACGAGGUCUGAGAAGUUCGGAUCAAGAAAUUACUGGAUACUAGCUCUCGAAGCCGAUGAAAACUUCCGAGUUGCUGCGAAACUGAAGAUACAGAUAGUUUUSUUCUCGAUUGAGUUAGUAUACAACCAAAUUCUAAGCACUGUUGAUACUGCAGACUAAGGAAAAGAGUCAAUAGUUUAUCAAGGUAUUAGAACCAAGAUCCAUAUUUAAGGUUAUUAGCGGUAUAAAUAGCUAAGCAAAAUACUGAAUAAACCAUGUAUAAUAGUUGAACUGGUUAUUAUUAUUGUAAAAACUGAAAAAUAAAACCAAACACGCUAUAUUAA